AUGACUGCCAUGAACCCAAAUGAUCCGACAUCAACAUUCUCAUCGGACCAGUCGUCAGCCUCAACAGUUCCGGGUUUGGACAGGAUAAAUCAUCCGGGGGAUGAUACUUGCUGGAUCUGUUGCAGCGCUUUAGGCAAGAGGCGGUUCAAUCCACGCCAUCAUUGCCGAAUCUGCAAACGACCGGUUUGUGGAGCUUGUUCACAAUGCAGAGUGAUGAUCGAUGACGUCCUAGAACGUUCUUGCACAGCAUGCGCUUCUAAUGCUCUGAAGGCGAAUGCCAUCACGCAGCAGCUCUCCUUCUUAGCACGACAGCUUGCAGACUUGAGUGGCAGGUCGCCAGAUGACAUAGAACCGCCAACCUUAGAGGCUGCGCUCACCUGCUGUGAAGAAGCAGUAGAACCGUUGAGGAAAGAGCGCGUGAAGCACAAAAUUGUUGAGCGUCGUCGCAGGGAAGUCGAGGAAGAGCUCACUGCGGUACAAAAAGAAUUGGACCGCCUGAAGCGCGGUGAGUGCAGGAUGUGGCCGGAGAAAGUUGAAGUUCCCGGCCGAAUCAUGUCGGACUGCUCGCUGGAGCCAGGACCUAUUGCAGGUAGAUGCCCCAAUGUCAGCGAAUCGCAUUGCUGGAUUUGCAGCUGCAGACUGGGCAAACGCUUUCUAAAUCCUCGCCAUCACUGCCGGGUUUGUCUUCGGCCAGUGUGUGGGCAAUGCUCUCCAAGCUGCAUCACAAUGGAAGGGAGAAGCACCACCCAGCGUGCCUGUCGCCAUUGUAUGAACAAUGCUGCUCGAGCGCCGGAACAAACUCGGCGGCUCGAGGUUAUUGCCAGAGGCCUCAAUGAGAUGGCCUUUGGGAAGUCCACAGGAGGACUGAGCCAAGCCUCCCCUCCAAGCUUGGAGGAAGCAUUGCGGCAGUGUGAAGUGGGCUUUCAGAUGCUCAUGGAAGCACAGCGCUAA